CGAGGAAAAUAACUUGCGUUUCCCAGUAACAACUACUAUUCUAUUUAGGCUAGCGCAUUGUGAACAUUGUGAAUUUUGCUCGUCUUUAAAAGAUGGAAGGUAGUAGCAGAAUAAGCACAACAGGAGUUACAGGACGCAGUUCUGGAAUAUCCAGCGCACGAACUUCAGUAACAGAGAUUGACCCUCCCAUGUUCGACGACGAUGUUUUCCCAGUUCGAACGACGACACCGAAUGAGGAGAUGGUACCAGAAUGUCCAUGGUAUAUGCGUCUCCUUUCCGAGUGGUUCGACGCUUGGGUCAAUGUUCAUGAUUUGUGGCGCACACGAGAUUGUUGGAGCAAGUUAUAUGCAAUCUUAUCCCUCGUCUGUCUACCUGUACGCGUUAUCAGAAGAGCUGGGUCACCUCACAAUAAUAUCACAAUCCCAGAUCAUACAUCUGUGUGUUACCUAUUCCUGCUGAUGUGUUAUACAUUUGUGUUGAACUUGAUAAGAUUGGAAUAUUCAAACAACACGCGAGAUACUUUUGUUGCUGGCUGCAUGGCCUUAGCUAUUCUUGCGAUGCUCUACCUCUACUUAUUUACAAAAGAUCGAGUUCGCCACGACUCUUGCCAUGAUGCGCCAGUGCGAAUAUUUUUUCGCGGCGGACUGUAUGUUUUUGGUUUUGCAAGCAUAAUGAACAGCAUUUGUCUUGCACAUGAUGAAUUGCAAUGCAAGGACAAGAAUCAUGAAAAGGAGCACGAAAGUGCGGCAGCUGCGCAAAUUUUAAAGGCGCUGUUUGUCGCUGCGGAAACAUUGUUUCUGGGUUACUUUCAUAAAGCAUGUUUUCCAGUGGACACCGCAUUUCUGCAGAUUUCUCUCGCACAUGUUUUGGGCACGAACUUGGCACUUUGGUUUUGGACACUUUGCGAAGAAGCGAAGAAGCCUCAGGAUAUUUUAAAAUGCACAAAUCAGUCAACAACGAACUUGAAUUGGCACCGCUAUAAGAAGUACUUCUACCCUAUUUUUGUCGAAUAUCUCAUCCUUGCAUUAUCCAUACUUUAUGGCCUGUGGAUAAAUUUAAGGAACGUGGAGGAACGGUUUUGCCGCUUCUGCAAGAAUUGUGCGAGGUGUCUGUACCGCAGUCAAAAUUCUGUCCAUGAAGAGGAAAAUAAUGAUGAAAAUGCUUCACGUCGAGAGCGGUAUAUACCUCGCUGUGGCUUGGGAAUAAUGAUCGGGAUGAUUUAUGUUGCUGUGUUUUUGUUUCUCAUGCUGUUGGCAAUCUUGGAUGCGAGUGGACAGAAAGAAAGCGAUGCUCACAAUAAUACGCAUAAAAUAAAAAACAUUACAAAUUAUGAUACACUUCCAGCAUUUGAAGCUUAUUGCUACGGAUCAGUCGUAAUGUACUUGAGUAUGAUUUCUGCGUGCUACAUUAUUCUUGCUUCUCUCAGAUCGCCAAACGAUCCACAGCGAAUCCGUUCUAUUGACUACGAUGAUGUCCUGUUAUAUAUUUCGUUAAUGGGAAUACUUCUUUUAGAAGGAUUUCACCUUACAAGCAAAAUAAUAGCAAAAAGAACAUACUCUUAUCUCAUGGCUGUUGAUAUUUGCGGCACUGUUCAGCAUUUGACCCAAGCCGUCACACUCAUGAGCUUAAGUCACUAUCGUGGGGCAGCUAGUCGUUUGAAUAAAUCUUGGAUAUGCGAGUGUGUCCUAUUCUUGCUCUUAACCAAUCUUGGUUGGUGGAUUGAAGACUCGUUUUAUUUGGAGCCUGAAUUGACAAGGCCUGGUGAAGUCGGAACAAUCGAAGGAAUGGAAACGUAUGGUACAAUUGUAAAACCAAUGGUGAUUUUUUUCCGUUUUCAUUCUGCUACAUAUUUCUACAAUGCCUGGACAAUCUACAGAGUAUGAGCAAUGGAUGUCAGAGUAAUAAAUCAUUUCGUGGUGCAAACUGCGCACUCUAAAUGACGCUUUCUACGUUGGGAUAAAAUUGCAGUUGAAUCAUAUAUAACAUGUAUAUAGUAGCCUGACUUUUCGAUGGGGAAGGGGGGGAAGUCAGGCUGUGCGCAGGCUAGUAUAUAGCUGAGACUGCCAGAUUUGAAAAAGGGAUAUCAAAAUAUUCAACCGUUCAAUCAUCGAGUUGUUCUCUUUAAAAUGAGCAAAAUGAAGUGCGCUUAAGUGAAAUAGUCUGAUAAUUGAAAGAAAGUCAACCGUGCAAAAACUAUAUAAUUGUUUUUUCUGAGCAACGUUUAAUUUGCAUACUCAAAUUAACUUGCAUGCAGUUCCGUUACGGCAAUAUACAGGGUGUAUAAAAAAAACGCAACCUCGGAAUUUCCUAUAGAAAUCACUUUGCAAUUCUUAAGCAUAAAAGAGUUUAGGCCCCUGGGAAUUGAAAUCGAAUUGCUAAUAGAUCAUAUUACUGUUGUUGUGCAUUAAAUAAGUGCAUAAAUUUUGCUUUAUGCACUCGCGUGUGCAGUAAUUUUGACAGUUAUGCUAUUUUAAAUUCCCAGGCGCCUAAAAUCUUUUGUCUUUAAAACAAUGUCGAUUUCUUGGGAAAUUCCUAGGUUGCGCUUUUUUUGAUACACCCUGUAUGUAUAUCUCAAACUCAUUAAUAAUUCAUGACGGUAAAUUAGCCAACCAUAUUACUUUAUUUUGUUCACAUGAUGAUACUGAAUAUCUGGUGAAGAAUAUUGAUCCAGUCCUAGUACUGGAUGAAAAUGAUUUCAGUUCUUGGACUGGAUCAAAAUUAAUCAGUCACUUCAAUUUAGUAGUGAUUUAUUCGUAUAUCGCGGACUUGAAGUCUAGUCCAGUCCUCAUACAGUUGGAUUUGAAAUAUUACGUAAAGCAUGGACGGAUGUUGAACAAUUAAAUACUUUGACACACAUAUUUCAAAUCUCUCAUCCUCAGCUACAUGUUAUCAUUUAAAUUGCAAUUUUACACCGAAACAGGACGUAUCAUUUAGUUGCACAGUCGCGAUUAUUGACUGAUCCAUUCAAUUUUUAUUAAAGUUAUUUGUUAAAAGAUGAAAAUAUGAAAAUCAUCAGUUUUUAUAUAUUAUGGGUCAAAAAUUCAAAAUCGACAAAAAAUGUCCAUCCCAGUUAAGGGUUCCCGCGUCACGUAACCUUGGAAGUUUAAUUGGGCGUAAAUUUUCUUGGGGUUAUUCAUGAUUUUAGAAGAUAUAAGAAUACUGUGUGCAUGUUCCGGAAAAAUGGAGUAGGUAAAUGUUCCAGAUUUUUACACCUAUUAUUUAGUGUGCAUCAAUGUGAAAGAUUAAUUUUGACACUAUGAUUAUUAAAAUUAGUCUAGUAUAGAACCAAUGUUAUGGUUGUUUUAAAAUAAAGUCUGGUUCACUCAAUGGACCAUUGAAAUUGCAUCAGUUGGGUAAAGUGUUAAUAGGUUUGAUGACCUCCUACUUUAAAUAGCCAUCUCUUUGAUUAUCUAUGUAAAAAUCUGGUACAAAUCUAUUGCAUUUUUUUGGGUUACUCUGUAUAACAUUAAAUAAUCCACAUGAACUCAAAACCAAUUAACGUUACUCAUUUUGACCUACUGUAAACUGCAGUAGUGCGUGCAGCUUUAUUAUUAUUGGGGUGUUAAACUAUUUGGAAUUGACUCUUGCUUUUUCUGUAUACAAUGUGUAACCAUGUAUUAAUAUUAAUUUUUAUAUCACCUUUUUAUUACAUUAUCGUCAUUUAAUUGGCUGAAUAUUAUCAUGUGAUAUUAGAUAAAUAUGUCUAUGCAUUUAAUGACUCACCAGGCUUUCUGGACGUUGUUCCAGCAACUUGUUAUUGUUCUGCCAAUUCAACUAAGUGACAAUCUUGCAA